CACAUAGUAGCACAUAUUUAUCAAUAAUGACUUAAAGGCACAUGCACUUUCUCAGUUUUCAUGUUUUAUAUUAAACUGAUGCUUGUUAAUACACAGGAAGUGAUUCUGUGAAGAGCAGAAGCUCCAGAGCAGCUGUAGUGUGUUUGGUUCUGCUGUGUGUUCUUCUGCUGACUGCAGUCAUAGUGCUGUGUGUCAUCUUCACUCAAGAGAGACAACAGCUCUUAUCUAAGAAUGAAAACCUGACCAGUGAGCGAGAGCAGCCGAUUCUCAAGAACACAAACCUCACCAAUAAGGAGAGCAACUAAUUCUCAAGAACACAAACCACCAAUUUUACAUUUACAUCAUCACUCAUCACUCAGGAACAAAGAGUCACUGCUGUGUGCUGCUCUGGGAACUAAACUCUUUAUUCUGCUUCUGCCUCCUUUGGAACUAUUUUAAUUGGUGGAGUAAAAAUAAACAAAGUAACUGUUGAUUCUGUGUAUAAACUAUAAGUUCCUCAAUAUUCAAUUCUUGUUAAUUGAACUGUUGUGUCUGCUUCUGAUGUCCUUGAACAUAAGCAAUACUGCACAAGUAGGUUCUUUUGAUAAUAUUGUAAUUUCAACCUAAAUUUAAUUUGAAUAUGUGUCUGGCAGUUCUGUAUCCGUCACAUAGUUUGUGACCAGUUAUAAUGAUGAGAGACAUGUACGGAACAUCAGUCCUGGAAAACAUUUUGAAUAAUCAAAUAAUGGCAGGUUCCUGGUAUAAUUAUUAAACUUCUGAUAGAACAACAAACCCCUCUGUGACAUUCUGAGGGGGCAUGAACUUCCUUGUACUUAUUAAUGUUUGAAAUAUUCUCAGACAUCAGGACACACAUCAGGAAUAUAACAAGGUCCGCCUCAGAAAAGCUUCUGUUGUUAAUUACUUGUUGUUCACUGGAACUAUUUGAAAGUAAAUAAAGUUAUGGCUCAGAAAAUAGACACAAGAGAGGGACGAAGGAAAACAGAUGAUAUCUAUGAAAAUGCUGAUGUAAUGAAAGGCGAAAUCACAGUGGAGAUGGAAGAUUUGAAGAUAACGAGAAUCCAUCCGUCUGAACACACAGGAAGUGAUUCUGUGAGGAUCAGAAGCUCCAGAGCAGCUGUAGUGUGUUUGGUUCUGCUGUCUGUUCUUCUGCUGACUGCAGUCAUAGUGCUGUGUGUCCAAGUCUUUACAAACAUCGACCUGUUUCAAACAAAGGGCAAAAACAUCUUGGAAGAAAGAGACCAACUACUAACCAGGAAUAGAAAGCUCACAGAAGAGAGAGACCAGCUACUAAUUAAGAUUACUAGCUUUUCAGAAGACAGAGAUUGGCUACUACACAAGAACAUAAAUCUGACAAAUGAAAGGGAUGAUACAGUAGUCAAGAAUGACAAUCUGAUUAAACAAAGAGACCAGUUAAGCUGGAAGAUAAAGGAAAUGUUGAAAAGUAUUCAUGAAAUGGAUGGAUGGAUUUACCAUGAAUUUAGUUUUUACUACAUUUCCUCUGAGAUGAAGAGCUGGACUGAAAGCAGAAGAUACUGUACAGAGAGAGGAACAGAUCUGAUCAUCAUAAAGAACACGGAGGAACAAGAAUUUGUUAAUACCAUUUCUGGUGGUGCCCAAGUCUGGAUUGGUUUGACUGACAUUGAAGUGGAGGGCAGCUGGAAAUGGGUUGAUGGAAGCACACUAACCUCUGAGUUCUGGUGGUCUGCAGAGCCAAAUGGACAAAGAGGAGAGAACUGUGCUCUAAAUAAUCAAAGAUGGGCUGAUUAUCCAUGUAAUUCUGUUUUUAAAUGGGUCUGUGAGAAGAGCGUUUUACAUUAUUACAUUUAAUAUUUAUUAGAGAAAAAUGUAUUACUAAUAUUUGGGUAGUUUGGGUCUCUGUUUUACUUGUGAUUGCAUAAUGAAUCAGUUUGUAAAUA